UUAGAUUUAACCAUGAUUAAUAACAGCAGCAAGAUUGACUUUGGCUUUGGCUUGCUGGACAGUUAUCCAUUUGCUGAUUUGGCAGAUGAGCGCACACAAUCCUGGCCGUUGGUAUCUUCACCGUGGAAUGCAGCCGCUAUACUCUUCCUAUAUUUGUUGCUGGUCCGCUUUGGGCCCAAAUGGAUGGCCAGACAGAAGCCGUUGCAGCUGCGUUUGCCACUGUUCGUUUACAAUUUGCUGAUGUCCAUGCUCAAUGCCCACAUCUGCCUGGAGCUCUUCACGGCUUCCCGAGCUCUUAACUACAGCGCCAAGUGCCAACCCUGCAGGGUGAGCUAUGAUCCACACGAAAUGCGAAUUGCCACUGCAUUUUGGUGGUUUUACAUUUCGAAAAUUCUGGAAUUUGCCGACACAGCGUUUUUUAUACUGCGCAAGAAGUGGUCGCAAUUGUCAUUUCUGCAUUUGUAUCAUCACAGCAGCAUGUUCGUCAUUUGCUGGAUAGUUGUCAAGUGGAUUCCCACGGGAUCAACCUUCAUUCCUGCUCUGAUGAAUUCAUUUGUGCACAUCAUAAUGUACGGAUAUUAUUCACUGAGUGCUUUGGGGCCUCGCUUAUACCCGUAUCUUUGGUGGAAGCGCUAUUUAACCCGGCUGCAGCUGUUGCAGUUUGCUUUGGGCCUGGUUUGGGGCACACAGGCCAUUGUCAGUAGGUGCGAGUAUCAACCAUGGCUUAGUUACACAGGAGUUGCUUACAUGCUGUCGUUUCUCUUCCUCUUUGGUCGUUUUUACACACAAAAAUACACAAGAAACGGAACUAAAUGCAUUCAAUUUGUUAAAUAAAUAAAUUAUCCCGCCGAUUUUGUGCAGCUCGAUAGCUGAUUGCGUUAUCGAUAACAAAGCGACAACUAUCGUUCACAGUAUUAACAA